AUGUUCGUAUUAUCACGUGAUAAAGUUUGGGCAAAGUUUAUAAUAAUCACGCCUUUAGAAUGUUGGGCUCAGAUACGCAAGAAGUUUAACAUGUUUACGAAUUAUACGAGAUUGUUAAUACCAACUGAUUCUUCCAUCUAUCAUCCCGCUUCAUUUGGCAAGGCAUUUCCUCAGCAAAAGAGAGUGCACGUAUCGUUAGCAAGAACAAUAACUACGACAUCUGCACCACAACAACACGCUUCAUUUGAUGUUGCCAAGCUCCAUCCAGUAUUCUGCGAAUACUCUGACGAAACUCGGAACCCUGUACAAAAAGUAGAGAAAUCCAAACUGUAG